AUGGUGAAAGGAAGAGGGAGAAGGUGUAGCUAUUGUGGACAUAAUGGCCAUAAUUCGAGAACUUGUAAUGGGAAGGGAGAUUAUGUUAAACUUUUUGGUGUUAAUAUAGCUGCUAUGGGAGAAAGUUUUAGUCAUAACAAUGGUGCUCAACCACAGAUUCAUUCUAAGAAACACAAUGCAGCCCAUAAAUUUAAAAGAGAUUAUGGUGUAUUAUAUGUGCAGUCGUCAACUUUUGAUUAUGAAACAGGGAAUCCAUGGACAGAAGAGGAGCAUAGAAUGUUUUUGGAAGGUUUGAGAAAGUUGGGAAAAGGUAACUGGAAAGGAAUUUCAGAGAAUUAUGUAACCAGUAGGACCCCAAUUCAAGUUGCAAGCCAUGCCCAAAAAUAUUUUCUCAGGCUGCAGCAUGCCAGUAACAAUAAGGAGAAACGCAGACCUGAUUUUCCAACCUAUCAGUCAAGGAUUCAACCCAUGGCAGAAGAAGUAACUCCAAAUGUGAUGCAAUCUCUGCCAUUUCUGCAUACAAUGAAUUAUGCUGGACCGCGCCAUGGUUACAUCGGUAAAGCCCAUGUAGCCGUCUGUGCGCCAGCUGAUCACCCUUCGCCGAGGUUAGUUCAGGACAACAUGUUUCGAGCAGGCCCUGGUGCUUCAUCAACAGAAAAAGAUCUUUUGGAGCUCAAGAUUGCUCCCCCUCAAUCAUCAAAUAGCACAACUCUACAAUCUCAGCCGUUCAUUAGGGUAAUUAAUUAGAACAAAGUUGCAAUGUCGAGUUUAAGACAAUAGUUGAGACAACAUUGAGCAAUAAGGAAUGUGUUUCUAUGGCUACUCCCAUGUAAUCGUCAAAAGCGAGAAACA